AUGCUGCCAAUCUCUCUGGAGGGCGGCCUGCUGGCUCCGGGAGGCACAUUCCUUGAGCUCAAGAGACAAGUGACUGAAGGAGCAAAGUGUAAUCCCAAGUCGAAUUUAAGUAAGUCAAAGCGAACUGAUUGGCACAAUUUGACUGCCUUCUUGUCUCCUCCCAAUUCUCAACAGGGAUCCAUGUCAAGGGAUUGGAGCAACGACGGGAAGGAGUCAAUAUUGAGCAAGCAAACAUCGAAUUGGUGA